AUGGUCGGGCUGGUCUUUUUCAGUAUAUUCGCUCUCCUUGCUUCCACUGGUUCUGCGUACGACGUCAUUCGAGAGUACUCUGGGAGUACCUUCUUUGAUGGAUGGGAUUUUUACGGCGCCCCCGACAACCUGACACUUGGCAAUGUCACCUGGCUCUCCGAAACAGAUGCCAUUAGCCAGGGGCUUGCAUAUGUGAAUAACCAAGGCCACGUCAUCCUCAAGGUGGACAACACGACCAACGUGACAUAUGGCCAAGAACGAAACUCCGUACGAAUAACAACUCAAGACGCAUAUGAACUUGGCAGCUUUGUGGCUCAUAGAUGUAAACCAUAUCCCUUACGGUUGUUCGGUGACGGUCAUCUCGCAUCUGGGAAGCGUCCCAAAUGGCCCGACGAUGGCGAGAUCGAUAUAAUAGAAGGCAUCAAUCUCAUGACGUAUAAUCAGAUGGCAAUUCACACUACGGCGGGUUGUACACACUCGGGAUCGGUUGGUCAGCUCGGCACAAAUGGACUAACUACCGAUUGUUCCCAGCCGUCGGGGUGCACCGUGAUAGAAACCUUGCCAAACAGUUUCCAAAGCGGAUUUGCUGCUUCUGGGGGUGGAGUUUGGGCAACAAGAUUCGACACUACAGGCAUUUAUAUCUGGUUCUGGAGUCGACCAGACAUUCCACUGUCUAUAAGCCAAGCCACGUCUACUUCGUCGCUCGAUUUAUCAGACUGGGGAACUCCUCACGCAAAUUUUUCUUCCUCGACUUGCAAUAUGAUUGCAUUUUUCACACCUCAAAAUCUCGUGCUCGACAUUACUCUGUGUGGUGAUUGGGCGGGUUUGAGCUGGGAUUAUGACCCGACAUGUGGGAGCUCUGGUCCAACAGGGUUAUGUUAUAACGACUGUGUUGUUGGUCCAGGAAGCCCGCUUUACGACACUGCCUACUGGGAUAUUUCAUACAUUCGUACCUACACGAGCAGUGUUUCUACCCCAUCUCCCUCUGGGUCUCCAGCAUCCUCAUCCUCGUCUGCUACUCGAACUAGCACGACUGCGACUAGCAUAUCCUCAGCUGCUUCUACAGACACCAACAUCGCGGACACUCCACCCUUCCUACAGCCAAUAGGGUCAGGCGAACCUCAUGUUGCCCCCCGCGUGUCGUGGAGAAUGGCGCUUGUUUACGGUCUGAUCAUAGUUGUAUCUUCUGCGCCGUGGUAA